AUGGCGGCCACGACGGCCUCCUCGGCGAUGAAGCGGCUGGACCUGCGCGACCCCGCGGCGCUCUUCGAGACGCACGGGGCGGAGGAGAUCCGCGGCCUGGAGCGCCAGGUGCGGGCGGAGAUCGAGCACAAGAAGGAGGAGCUGCGGCAGAUGGUGGGCGAGCGGUACCGCGACCUGAUCGAGGCGGCCGACACCAUCGGCCAGAUGCGCCGCUGCGCCGACGGGCUGGUGGACGCCGUGCGGGCCACCGACCGAUACUGCGCCCGCCUCCGCCAGGCCGCCCCCGCCGCGUCCCGGCCGCCGCCCUCCCAGGCCCCGCCGCCGUCCCAGCUGAGGUUCUACAGCACUGCGGCCCAGAUCAAGCUGCUGCUGGCCAUCCCCGAGCAGAUGUGGAGCGCCACGGAGGCCUCCCAGUACCUGCCUGCCACGCGCCUCUACCUGCUCUGCUGCCACCUCCACCGACUGCUCCGCCUGGGCUCCUCCAACCCCUUGGGCAGCCCUGUCCUCUCCCGCUUCCCUAUACUGAUCCGCCAGGUGGCCGCGGCCAGCCACUUCCGGUCAACCAUCCUGCAGGAAAGCAGGCAGCUGCUCAAAUGCCCGGCAGUGUCUGACCAAGCCGUGGCCGAGGCCCUGUGCUCCAUAGCGCUCCUGGAGGAGAGCUCCCCGCGCCAAGCCCUGGCCGACUUCCUGCUCGCCAGAAAGGCCGCCAUCCAGAAGCCCCUCAGCCAGCCGCAGCAGGGUGCCAGCACCAAGGCCCAGGUCUGCGCCCUGGUGGAGCUGCUGGCCACCACUCUGAGCCAGGCGCACGCCCUGUUCUACACGCUGCCAGAGGGCCAGCGGCCGGACCCCGCGCUGCCCUGCGGCUUGCUCUUCUCCACCCUGGAGACCAUCACAGGCCCACAUUCCGCCGGGAAGGGCCUUGGGGUCCUGCAGCAGGAGGGGAAGCUCGGCAGCUGGUUCAAACACCUGCCAGCCUCCAUCGUGGAGUUCCAGCCUGAGCUGCGCACCCUCGCCCACCCCAUCAGCCAGGACCACCUGAAGGACACGCUGCAGAAAUGGAUCCACGUGUGUAAGGAAGACAUGAAGAGGGGGCUCACUCACCUGCUGCUGUAUGUGAAGAGCGUGCGGAGCCUGGCUGGGAUCCGUGACGCCGUGUGGGCCCUGCUCACCAGCGAGGCCACCGACCACAGCUGGAACGUGGUCUGCCGGCGGCUACUGGACAGGCCACUGCUGCUCUGGGAGGACCUGAUGCAGCAGCUGUUCCUGGAGCGGCUCCAGUCCCUGAUGAGAGAAGGCUUCGAGGGCAUCUCGAGCAGCUGCAGCGAGCUCCUGGGCUCGGCGCUGCGGGGGCUUGAGCCUGGCGCCAACAGCUCCCCACCCAGCAAGCACGCGCACUCCGAGCACAACAUGGCGCUCUUCCUCUGGGCCGAGAGCCCCAGUGACCUGCCCCCCGACGCCGCCUGGGUCAACGUGGCCAACCGCACCCAGUUUGCCACCAGCGGCCUGGCCAUGAAGGCGCAUGCCGUGACACCUUGUGUGCAGAGCUUCUGCUCUGCCCUGGAUGCCAAACUGCAGGCCCAGCUGGACGAUAUCAUGGCCUACCUGCCCCCCGAGGAUGCACCCCCGCCCCCCAAGAACUCAGCCUUCAACCGGUUCGCGGAUGCGGAGGCUGUGCAGGCAAUGCUGCAGGCGCACGCCGUGGGCUGCGUCAGGCACAUUGAGGGCUGCGUCAGCACUGAGCUGCGGGGCGUCGAGGAGGCCAUGCAGGGGCCCGAGGCCCUGCCCGGCGCCCGGCUGCACGCAGUGCUCUUCAUGGCCAGGCUCUGCCAGUCCCUGGGGGUGCUGUGUCCCCACCUGAAGCAGUGCAUCCUGGGAAAGGCAGGGGGCUCUUCGGACAAGCCAGCCAGGGAGGUGAGGGCGCUGAAGAAGCAGGGGCAGGGCAAGGCUCCGGAAGUACGGCCUCUGCAGAGCAAGUGGCAGGAUGUCCAGGGGGGCCUGCUCCAGCAGAGUGUGCUGGCCUUCCGGGUCUGGAGCUCGGCCAUCGUGAAGGUUCUGGUGCGUGGGUUCGACCGGGCACUGCAGUUGGGCGAUGCCGGCGCCGUCCUGGCCUCAGCCACCAGCUGGGAGGAGCUGGAGAUCCAGGAGGAGACCGAGGCGGGCGGUAGCGUCACCUCCAGGAUCCGGCUGCCCGUGCAGCCCUCCUGGUACGUGCAGUCCUUGCUGUUCAGCUUGUGCCAGGAAAUUAACCAGGUGGGCGGCCACGCCCUGCCAAAGGUGACAUUGCAGGAGAUGCUGAAAAGCUGCCUGGCUGAAGUCGUGGCUGCCUACGGGAAGCUCUCUGAAGACAGACAGAAUCAGAAAGAAGGCACGUUUCCCAUAACCCAGAACCAGGCGCUGCAACUCCUCUUCGACCUGCGCUACCUCAUCAUGGUCCUGACGGCCAAGAGUGACGAGGGGAAGAGUGGCCGAGGCAAGCUGGACCCCAGGACGGAGAACGUGGUGGACCACCUGGAGGGGCUCGUGGACCCCUUCGACCUGGACGUCUUCACACCGCACCUCAACAGCAACCUCAGCCGCCUGGUGCAGCGCACGGCUGUGCUCUUUGGACUGCUCGCUGGCACUGAGAAUCAGGGCACCCCAAGGAGCAGCACCUUCAACUCACAAGAGCCCCACAACAUCCUGCCCCUGGCCACCAGUCAGAUCAGGUUUGGACUCCUGCCCCUGAGCAUGACCAGCACUCGGAAGGCCAAGUUCUCCAGCAGGAACACCCCAAAAGCCCCGGCUGCCCUCCCGGCUGUCCCCCGGGCAGAUGACCCAACGCUUCCCGGCACCUUCUUCAGACAGCUGGUCAGUGAGGAGGAGGACACGUCCCCGUCGUCCUCGCUGUUCAAACUGGGGUGGCUCUCGAACAUGACCAAGUAGCACGGCAGCCCCGCCCCUCAAUAAACACUGCCACCUCGUCA